GAUAAAAUCUCAUCGACGUCUCACCGCGGUGCAGCACUGGGUGGCUGAGUCCCGCCGAAACUGAGCACUUGACAGUCAGUUUACCCGCGACACCCGUGCACGCUCCAAUGCCGCCCGCCGCUAACCGAGGUAUAACGCCUAGAAAAGUCAAGUCACUCAACUUUGUUAGCAGAGUGAGGAUGGUGAACCCGUGCGAACGUCGCUCGAUAGCGUGCGUACUGCUCGCUAUCACCGCGGUAGUCGCCGCCGCCAGCUACGACCGGGAGCGGCUUGAGAUAGCCAAGCAGAUACUUGAGGAAGUACCGCUUACUGAUGGGCACAACGACCUACCCUGGAACAUCCGCAAGUUCCUGCGGAACCAGAUCAACGAGUUCGAGCUGGACACCGACCUCACCCGAGUGGAACCCUGGUCCAAGUCGAAAUACUCGCACACAGACUUGCCGAGGCUGCGCGAAGGGAUGGUCGGGGCUCAGUUCUGGUCGGCCUUCGUGCCCUGCGCCACGCAGAACCGCGACGCCGUGCAACUGACGCUUGAGCAGAUCGACGUCAUCCGUCGCCUUGUAGACAAGUACCCGCAGUACUUCCAGCUCGCCACUUCAGUCACUGACAUCCUUCAAGCGCACAGCGCUAGACCACGCAAGAUCGCUUCUCUGAUCGGUAUUGAAGGCGGCCAUUCCAUCGGCAACUCCCUCGGAGUUCUCCGUAGCUACUACCAGCUCGGUGUGCGCUACAUGACCCUGACUCACACCUGCAACACGCCUUGGGCCGACUCCUCGAACGAGGCCCCAGCCGUAAACGGACUCACCGAAUUCGGAGAGAAAGUGGUGAAAGAGAUGAACCGCCUGGGUAUGCUGGUGGACCUGUCACACGUGGGUGAAAACACGACCCGGGCUGCGAUCAAACUGUCAAAGGCGCCUGUCAUCUUCAGUCAUUCUUCUGUGUACAAUCUUUGCGCGCAUAAGAGGAAUGUGCCGACUGACAUCAUUCACUCUUUGAAAGAAAACGGCGGUAUCAUAAUGGUGAACUUCUUCCCGGACUUCGUGAAAUGCGCACCCAACGCCACACUGUCCGACGUCGCUGAGCACUUCCACUACAUAAAGCGCGUCAUCGGAGCGGACUAUGUCGGCAUCGGAGGAGAUUUCGACGGCGUCAACAGGGUCCCUCGCGGCCUCGAGGACGUGUCCAAGUACCCGGAGCUGUUCGCGGAACUCCUGCGCAGCGGGCAGUGGAGCGUCCAGGAGCUGAAGAACCUGGCCGGCCUGAACAUGCUCAGGGUCAUGCGACAAGUUGAGAAGGUCCGCGACGAGCUUCGCACGAACGGCGCGGAGCCCGAGGAACACCCCGACUCGCCCAACGACAACGGCAACUGCACCAGCAACGCCUUCUACACCGAGUACGUGUAGGCCUCUAGGCCUCCCAAGAAAACACCAACUUCAGAUGCAACAAUAGCUCUAAAAACCAUUUCUGUCAGUUUGUUUAAUAAUUGUAUACUGAAUUUGUG